AUGACAGCAGCAGUUAACAGUGUUCAGUUCCAUGACGACAAAAUUAAACUCGACGAACAAACAGAAGCAGCAGCAGCUUCCUUCGGAGUCACGCAAGACAUCAUGCAGAAACUCGCGGAAAAAAAGGUCAGUUUGCUGGCGGUGGGCGGCUUCUGCGACUCGGCGACAGCCCGCGGCGCUAUUCGGCUUUUCUCGUACAUGAAGGAGCACGCGCCGGAAAGUCGGCCGCAGCUCAUCCUCGGGAACUGGAGCCACGGAGGGAGGCGCAGCUGCGACCCCUUUGGAGGAUCUUUUUCUUGUUUUGAAAAUGAUUUAUAUAAAACCAUUCUUCGCUUCUUCGACUGCAAACUUAAAAACAAAUGCUGGGGCGGAGCCGAAGACGAACUUCCCGUCCAUUACUGGCAGCAUAGCUACAGCAGAGCUGCAGCAUUGCUGCAGCAGAGCUGCAGCAGGACUGCAGCAGAGCUGCAGCAGGACUGCAGCAUGGCUCAGCAGAGCUGCAGCAGAGCUGCAGCAGAGCUGCAGCAGAGCUGCAGCAGAGCUGCAGCAGCAGAGUGCGCAGCAGCUGCUGCUGCGGGUUGGGGUGUACAGACAGCGGAAGAACUAUCCUCUGCUGCAGCAGAAGGCCUCGAAGUCUUGGGGCUGCAUGCGCAUGCAGACGGGCUGGAGCAUGCGCUGCACGACAUAACACAGCGUGUGCAACUUUACGCAAGUUUGCUGCAGCUGCAGGAGGAGGCGGACGGGGCUGCGGAGGAGGAGGAUCCCGCUGCAGCAGCAGCAGCAGCAGCAGCGCCGACGGGCGCGGCAGCAGCAGCAGCAGCAGCAGCAGUGACGCCCCUGAAGGCGCUCUUCGGCCUCCCCAAAGACCCCAAGCGAAAGCCCUCAAGGCUCUCGCGAUUAAUUGCUGCUUUUGUUGCAGCACUUUCUUUAAAAAGAAUUCAAAGCAGCAAAACAAAUCCCAAAAGCAGCAGCAGGAUGCAGCAGCUGAAGCAGCUCUUCAAGAACGACAGCAACGCCUACCUGAUGACUACAGAAGCAGCAGCCAGCUCGCCAGGGUAUCUUGACUACGAAGUUGAAUAUUUGUCGUCGAGCGGGCUGUACUCGCGGUGGACAAUAGCGCAGCACCCGUUUCGGCUGUCGGUGAACUACGGGAAUCGUUUAUACCCUAAAAGAGAGUUUCCGUCGUUCAGUUUGACGGUGGUUCCCUCGCUGCCGCCAGGAGAGCCUUCCGGGGCUGCUUCCGUGCUGCAGCUGCUGCUGCUGCCGGAGAAAAACGGGGCAAACGCGCAGCAAAACCGGCGAGAAAGCGCGGAAAACGCCGCCCAGCCCCCCCGCAGCAGCCUCUACCUGCAGCAGCAGCAGCAGCAGCGCGCCCAGCCGCUCUCCUUCCUCUCCCCCCCGCUGCUGCUGCCCACGGACUUCGUCGGCAGCGCCUUUCUCCAGCUUUCCAUUCAAGUUUUCAACUGCAACGAACUGACUCUGUUCGCCUACUUGGAAGACGUGGACCUCCUCACGGGAUACGCCCACUACGUCACCGAGGGCCAGGUUGUGGCUUCGAACCGUCCGCUGCAAGUCCGGAGCGACCUGCCGGUGGGCGCGUACGGGCGGGUGGAGCGGACCUUCAACAGGAAGGAAAACCGGCCGAUCGACGAACGCGGCGAAACCGUCGACGUUUCCCUCAACUUCGAACCCAACGCCUGGACCUUCCGCCCCGGACACUCCCUCCGGCUUGUUCUCACGGGCAGCGACUUGGGAAACUUCCGGCUGCCGGUGGGGGCGGAGGCGCUGCUGCCUGCGGAGUGGCGGCUGCUGACGGGCUCCGCGCUGCUGUCCGUUCCCGCCCGGGUGCGGGGCGGGGGCAGCAGCGCAGCAGCAGCGCCUCGCACUUGGAACGCAGCGCGAGCAACAAUCGCCGCGGAACGGCUUCCCCUCGGCGCGCCGGGCCCCGGGGGCCCCGGGCCCUCACCGGGCCCGGGGGCCCCUCGAGGGCACCGCGGGGCCCCUGGGGCCCCUACAGGGCGCCGCGGGGGGCCCCCGCAGGCGCCGCGGGGGGCCCCCGCGGGACCCGAACGGGCCCCCGAAGAGACCGGGGCCCUUGGGCGCCCCCAAGAGGAGCUCUUGGGGAAGCUGCGGACCCCAGGGGCCCCCAAACGGACCCCGGGGGGCCCCCAGGGGCCCCCAGGGGGCCCCCGGGGGCCCCUUGGGGGGCCCCCGGGGGCCCCCAUGGGGUCCGGUUCGAGGAAGGAAGAAGCUGGUUUGGGGUUUCGCCUUUGA